CUCUAUUCCUUCAAUGACUUCGUUCACCUCUCACCAAGCUUAGUUUCCAAUUUUAUCCACUGAACAUGGCAGUGGAUCUGAUAACUUUUCCAAAGAUCGAUGAUCAGAUGGCUAUACAAGAGGCUGCAUCGCAAGGCUUGAAGGGUAUGGAGCACUUGAUCCGACUACUUUCCCACCAGUCAAACAACGUCGACUGCACGGACCUUGCCGAUCUCACAGUUUCUAAGUUCAAAAAGCUCAUCUCUCUUCUCAACAGAACUGGUCACGCUAGGUUCAGACGCGGACCGAUCCAGUCCCCUUCUUCCUCCUCCUCCCCCUCGUCAUCAUCCUCUGCUUCUCUACCUGUUCCUAAUCCUCAACAUAAUCUAUCUCUUACUUCUGCUCCGAUAUCGACACCGGUUAGCGUAAAUCCGGCCCCGGUCGGAUCUUCGGUUAUCGCUCCCGCUAGUUUUGUUCAAUCUCAGCCGCAGAGUUUGACUCUCGACUUUACAAAACCUAAUUUGUUUGGCUCCAAAAACAAAAGCACUGAAUUGCAGUUUACGAAAGAAAGCUUCAGUGUUUCGUCCAACUCUUCGAUUAUGUCUUCUGCCAUCACCGGAGACGGUAGCGUGUCUAACGGGAAGCUAGGAUCGUCUCUAUUCUUGGCGCCGGCGCCGACUGUUUCGGCGGGAAAGCCGCCUCUAUCAUCUACACCAUUCAAGAAGAGGUGCCAUGAACAUGACCACUCGGAUAACGCUUCUGGCAAGUUAUCUGGCUCCGGAAACAGCAAGUGUCAUUGCUCAAAACGACGGAAAAACAGGGUGAAGAAAGUGAUAAGGGUAGCGGCGAUAAGUUCAAAGAUGGCGGAUAUUCCGGCAGACGAUUAUUCAUGGAGGAAGUACGGGCAAAAGCCUAUCAAAGGUUCCCCAUAUCCACGAGGAUAUUACAAGUGUAGUAGCAUUAGAGGGUGUCCGGCGAGGAAACACGUGGAGCGAGCUCCCGAUGAUCCCUCAAUGUUGAUUGUAACUUACGAAGGGGAGCACCGUCACUCUCAACCUGCAACGCACCAGAAUCUGCCUCCUGCCCUGGGACUCGCUGGUCCUGUACUCAACCUCUAUUGAUUUAAUAUAUAUAAAGCACAAUGGAAGGUCGAGUAAAGUGCACUAGUGUUCACAAUUUCUUUGGAUUAGUUGAGGGACUUGGAUGUAAAUUGACCUUUUUUUAUUAAUUUCAGUUCCAAAUGAAAAUUUAGACCGACUAAAUCUUGAGAUU